AUGAAUGGAGUGACCACUUUGUACAUGAAACUGGCCAUUUCUACUCGAGUCUGUCCCGAAGCCACUCUCCAAUUCUGCCUCGUGAAGCCUCUAAUGGCAAUCGCCAUUAUUAUCAUGCAGCUUACUGGCGUCUACAAACACGGUGUUUGGAGUUGGUCUAACGGUUACUUCUACACAACCAUAAUUUACAACGUCUCAGCUUUUCUGGCGCUUUAUGCUCUAGUUCUAUUUUACCUGGCCACAAGUUCAAUCCUUCGACCCUUCGAUCCAAUCAUCAAGUUUGGCAUUGUAAAGUCCGUCGUGUUUCUGUGUUUUUGGCAAGGAGUAAUUUUGGCGAUUUUGGAAAAGACGGCUGUUCUACCAGCCCUGCCCUACACUAAUGUCGGUACGGUUGCCGCGGGUAUUCAAAACUUUCUCAUAUGCUUUGAAAUGCUUGCUGCAGCAAUAGCACUCCGCUACGCCUUCCCACACAUCCUCUACUCGGUUGGUGUAAACACGAGGCGUCACUAUGGCGAGAUCGAUGAAGACGAUGACAUUGAUGUUGGUAAUGGGUCGACAGGUGAGAAAUGCGGACUUAUGGGUGGAAACGUUUGGAAGAACGACGACAACGUUGUCAGUGUUGGCCGUCCAAGUGGUUUGCAUAAUUUGAAAGACACCUUUAAUCCCCGCGAUAUGCUGCGAGAUGCUUUUCACAACUUUCAUCCCACUUACAGGCAAUAUACGGAACAGCGAAAGCAUUUGGAGCACUCGUCAAUCAAGGAAAAACCUACAGUGAGUCCGCCCAGCACUACACCGGCUCCGCCAAUCCCACCUGUUCCACCGAGUGGUGUCAAUCUCACAGGCGGAAAUCACAGUAACCAUACUCAUCAACAGGUCAAAUCCCCUCCCGACCGUCUUUCCACCUAG